AUGAUCUACCUGUCCAAGCAGGCCAAGGCGCAGGGCAACCGGGUAAUGGAGUGCGUUCUGAAGGUCCGUCGGGUAUUCGCGUAUUGCCUCUGGUGCUUCGAGAAGAGCGUGAAGUUCCUGAACAAAAACGCGUACAUCCAGAUCGCCCUGCUGGCCACCAACUUCUGCGUCUCCGCGAAGAACGCCUUCUGGCUGAUCGCCCGGAACGCCGUGCGCUUCGGCGUGCUAGGAUCCCUCGGCUUCAUCGUGCACCUCAUCGGCAAGUACCUCAUCAUGACAGCGACGGCUGUCCUCGGGUUCUUGAUCUUGGAGGAGAUGCACUCGGACGUCGCCGCAGUGCCCGUCGUGUGCGUCCUGGUGUACUGCGUCAUCGGCUACACCAUGGGGGUGCUGUUCAUGGACGUAUUCGGCCUCGCGGUGGAUGCGACACUGCAGUGCUUCAUCGCCACCGAGGAGAUGGGCAUAGACAACAGCUUCAUACGAGCGCUCAAGAAGUUCGUGACUGACACCGUCGAGUCAGGAGACAACCAGGAGGGCAAACACGAGUCGUGCUGCGCGUGCUGCGCCGGCUGCUGCUCCUGA